CAGUACACCUACAGCCAUGUCGUAUGCCAGUAACCCGGCCAUUGCAAACUUUGUGGAAUAUCUGCAAAUACCGAGUGUACAGCCAAACAUCAAUUAUGAUGCGUGCGUAAGUUUCCUGAAAAAGCAAGCGUCAUCGCUCGGCCUGGAAUUUGUAGUUCAUGAGAUCGUACCGAAGAAGCCAAUCGUCAUUUUAACAUGGCGAGGCUCGGAGCCGGUUCGUCCUUCGAUACUGCUGAACUCGCACAUGGAUGUCGUGCCAGUGUUCGAGAAAAGUUGGUCAUACCCACCCUUCAGUGCCCACAUCGAUAAGGAUGGAAAAAUCUUUGCCCGUGGCUCUCAAGACAUGAAAUGCGUUGGUAUACAAUACCUGGAGGCUGUUCGUAAACUGAAGGCUGCCGGAGUGCAUUUAAAGAGGACUCUUCACAUCACAUUUGUUCCAGAUGAAGAAAUUGGGGGUCAUGAUGGCAUGAUGAAGUUUGUGCAUACUCCUGAGUUUAAGGCAUUGAACGUGGGAUUCGGGUUAGACGAAGGGAUCGCGAGCCCUGAUGAAGAGUUCAUCUUGUUCUAUGGCGAGCGUAGCAUAUGGCAAAUUCACGUUCACUGCCCUGGAACGCCCGGACAUGGUUCCCUCAUUCUUCCGAACACGGCUGGUGAAAAGCUGAGAUAUAUCAUCGACAAGUUUAUGGAUUUGCGGGAACAACAAAAACGCAUCCUGGAAAGUGACCCCAAACUAACAACUGGAGAUGUGACCACGAUAAAUAUGACGCAGAUCUUUGGUGGUGUGCAAUCGAAUGUCGUUCCCGAGAAACUAAGCGUAGUUUUCGAUAUGAGGCUGGCCAUUACCGUCGACCAUGUGGAAUUCGAGAAUAUGAUCAAACAAUGGUGCAAAGAAGCCGGGGAGGGCGUGACAUACGAGUUUGAACAGCGGAAUGACAAGGUGGAGUCCACUAAACUUGACGCGAGCAACCCUUACUGGUUAGCAUUCAAAGCUGCCGCGGAUGAGAUGAAUAUUAAACUGGACUGCAGAAUCUUCCCCGCUGCUACAGAUAGUAGGUACGUUCGCAAAGUUGGUAUCCCUGCGCUGGGGUUCUCACCGAUGAACUACACCCCAGUACUGCUACAUGACCACGAUGAGUUUUUGAAGGCCGACAUCUUUUUAAAGGGCAUUGAUAUAUAUGUUAAACUGAUAACAGCUGUCGCUAACCUAUAAAUAUGCUCAUUCAUUCGAGGCACUGUUGACCACCCUGAGUAUUUUAUAAAACACGCAAUAGUAAACUUUACUAGGAUGUUUUAAGGUUCAUUUUAUACUGUAUAAUCGUUGUCAGCUAUGACUGUUUAAGGAUUAAGAAUAAAUGCGCGUGGGAAAUGUUAUAGCUACUUUUGGAUAAUAAACCUAUAGGUUUAAUUAUGUAUAUAAUGUCUACAAUGUGCCUUAUUAAUCUUAUUAUCAUAUGGAUUUUAUAUCAUUAUGGGACUACCUGUACUGUAGUAAUUUAUUUAUCUGUGACGAAAAUUAAUUUAGUUUUUUUAUGUUGGUGAGCAAUGUAAGUAGAAAAUGCUUUUAUUGUAAGUACCUACGUUGACAGUUGAUUUCCGGUCAAUAUUUAAUGUAACCCUGACGAGUAUUUCGUAUUGAAGUAUAUUUGUAUAGUUCAGGGAUCUCCAAACUACGUCCCGCGGGCCGGAGCCUGGAACAAAAAAUGCCUGGCCUGCAAAAAAUGCCAAAUUCUAUAUAAUUAGACCCGCAUAAAGAGAACAAUAGCCUGGCCGUGACUCUGUUCUAAAAGUUUGGAGGCCGCUGAUAUAGUUAAUAAUUAAUAAUUAUACCCGACAUGUUAUCUAGUAUUAAGUAUAUACGUGGUUUGUUUGUAGUCGUACGUAAAAUUAUUUUUGUAAUAUAAUUAUAACAACUAUAUGUUAUCUAGUUCUUUGAGCAUAUUCAUAAAUAUAUUUUUUACUGCAUUUUAUAUUUGAUUCAUUUACUAAGACAAUAAUUAAUGAAUACUGAGUUAAUUCGAAAUGAACUUGUUGAAUGUUUUAUUUUUCGAUUUAUUUAUAAUCAUAUACGUAAAUGAAAUUAUAAUAACUUAUUGUUCACUGGUCUUCCAUAUAAUACUAAUUAAUUUUAUUUUUCAUGUUAAGUUGAUUGUAUUUUAUUCGUUAAUAUUUUAAAUUUUAUUAAACGAUUUAUACACUCA